AUGUAUUUGCCUUCAGUUCUUCUGCAGCUACUUGGAACUGCCACCUUGUGCAGUACUGCCGCCUUCAAGGCUUUUGCGCCGAGAGAUCUCCCGAAUUUCUCUCCAAUCCCACCCGGAUACCUCACCGAGGAGCAGUCACUGGAGAUUGCCGCAGUGGCCCCGUCAAGCGAUGAUUCCCGAUGGGCAGAGGAGAUCACCAUGUCGGAUACUGGUUUCCGCUCAUUUGUCCUCGACCUUUCGGUUAAGCUUGAGGGCAAGGAACCUACCAAGGGUCCUGCAGUGGAGGAGAAGAACCAAAAAGACAGCAGCCUGAAAAGCCGCCAGAAUCGCAUCGCAAAAUAUAUAUCUGGAAUGGAUGACAGGGUCGAGGAGAAACGCCUGGCGUACCCUUUCUCGGCUAUGGGUUACAUCAAAAUCGUGCAAGACGACGGCAGAGGUUCCAGGUGCAGUGGCGCGCUGGUGGGGCCUCGUCUGGUAGCCACGGCACGGCACUGCCUCGACGACGACGGCAAGGGCACCUACACGUUUCACCCGGCCUUCGACACUGUCGAUAGGCUGCCCGGCGCGAACGUGACGCAUGUCAUCUAUAUUGCCUACCCAGAGACAUGGACACACUGCGACUAUGUCGACGACUGGGCAAUUAUGGUGUUGGACAAGGAUCUGAGCGAAACGAGCGGCUACAUCGGAGUGCGCGAGUUUGACGACGACGUGCUCAACCACGAGAGCCUUCACAACUAUGGCUACCCGGGGGACCUCAAGCCUGGUGUGCCAUACUCGCAGGGGGGAUUCACAGCCAAGCUGGACCACGAGCAGGACUUGGAUUGCCCAAAGGACAGACAGACCCCCAUAAGCCACCAGGCCGACACAGCCAGCGGGCAGUCAGGUGGACCAAUCUUCACAGCCGGUGAGCAUGAAGAUGGCGUAUAUCUCAUGGCAAUCAACGUAGCAGUUGACCCCAACCAAGGACGUCGCGCCCUGGCAGCACACGGGGCGGCAUUGAUGGGCUCCAUAGUUUACGCAAGAGAGUACUUUGCCUAA